AAAAUUCUUUGGAAUAAUUAAUGAGAUAGCAUAAUUUACUUAUACAUAAAGUAUACAAUCAACUGACCAUGACGAACAGUAUUACUAUAAUUCUAGAGUAAACUAUUAAUACCUAUAUUAACUAGUAUCUCAUAACCAAUGCGGAGCAGAAACACCACCUCCAUCACAUCAUCAUCGAUUCAUCAGAGUAGCAAGAAUCAAUAGGAUUGCAAUUUAUUAUAUUUUUAUGAAACUUUUCAGGCUUCGCAUCAAGAGAAUUUGUCAUUUAAAAAUGAAAUGAAUCAAUCAUUUAUGGAGAAUCAUCGUGCAACUCGAAGAUUGGCACUUGAACAAGAUUGUAUGGACGAAAGUGAAAUAAUUUCAAAAUUAGGUUUCAUUAAUUUUGAUGACAUAUGUACUUAUUGCGAUUUUUAUCAAAACUUUUAUAGUCAAAUUGAGAACCAUAAUCAUGACAGCGAUCAGCAAAAGAGUUAUACAGAUCAUUUCAUUAAUAAUCGAAAUAAGAAAAAUCAGUUUAAUAUUUUAAAUUUUAAAAAACCCGUGACUACUACUUUAAUUGACAGUAGCCAAAUUUAUAACGAAAACAAUUAUUGUAACCAAAUAUAUACUGACGUGCACAUUCCUAGUUCCUCAUACAUCCCAGGCCCUUGUACAGAUCCUAAUAAAGUAGCAACGCAAUCCGAAUCGAAUGCCUCGUCACAUGUAGAACAUGCAAACGUUUAUUCUAUGUUUCUUUAUAACUACAACGAUUGCAGUUUAUCUUACUUUGAAUUGUUAAAGCUAUCAAUAUAAAAUUAUAAAUCACGACAAAAAUGUUUAUUAA